AGUUUAGCAGUUCAUGUUGAAGCAACAAGAUUUGAAAAUUACACCAACAGAUCAAUCUAGCUCUUGGAUCAUUUGGUUAUAGUGGCUGACAUCAGAUGCAUAAGCAUGCGCGCAUUACAGGAAACUAUGCAAUAUCAUCAUUCCUUUUUGUUUGCUCAGCAUCAUCAUUUUUAUUAUACACUAGCAAAAGACAAUCAGAGCCUCUUGACCAUAGCAAGUAGUUUAUAGUAUAUAUAUGAGUAUACCUAAUGCUCCAUGCACCAGCAGCCCUAUAGCUGACUUAAAUACCAUUUGCAAAAAGAAUCAGAGAGAUAGAGAGAGAAAAGAGGGACAAAAAUGAAGAUGGUGCAGGAUGAAAUCCGAAAGGGUCCCUGGACGGAAAAGGAGGACAUCCUUCUGGUCAACGUUGUGCACUUAUUUGGAGAUCGACGAUGGGAUUAUAUAGCCAAAGUUUCAGGUUUGAACAGAACAGGAAAGAGUUGCAGGUUACGAUGGGUUAAUUACCUGCACCCUGGUCUCAAAAGGGGAAAGAUGAGACCCCAAGAAGAGCGCCUUGUGAUGGAGCUUCAUGCUAAAUGGGGAAAUAGGUGGUCAAGAAUUGCUCGGAAAUUACCAGGGCGCACUGACAACGAGAUAAAGAACUACUGGAGAACUCAUAUGAGAAAAAUGGCUCAAGAAACGAAACGGGCCAUGUCACCGUCAUCAUCAACUACCACUACAGUGGAUUCCUUGCCCUUCUCAGGUACUGGAAAGGUAAGUUUUUAUGACACUGGAGGUCCUGACAUGGCAGCUUUGGCAGGAAAAAACAGUUCAGAAUUCCAAGUUGAAAAGGGGUACUCCAUGGAUGACAUAUGGAAAGAUAUUGAAAUGUCUGAAGAAAACACAAUAAAACCUCUGUCUAACUACAGUGAAGAAGGUCGCAAUUUUUCCUGUCCUUCAAUGGCUUCUCCUUCAUGGGAGUACUGCUGGGACUUACUGUGGAAGAUGGAUGAAGAAGAGAGUAAGAUGUUCCUCCCAACCAAUCAAUUUCUUUCUUAUAAUGAAUAUGGGAGAGCAUCUAUAAACGGCUAAUUAUAAUUCAUUUAUCUGUUCAUAUGUAAUACUACUAAGCUGUCUGAUGAACUACUGCUUUCUUAUCUAAUCCUACAUAUCACUGUAAUCAUCUCAUUGCUGUAGUCUAUGUCCCAGUGUUUCGUGUGGUUUUAGUCUUCAAGAGAAGACAGAAACUUUAUCAAAAUCUCCCUAGAUCAGGAGACUUGUAUGCUUAUGGAUGUAUGUAUAAUACUCCUUUGAAUUUCAAAUAUCGAACCAGCUUGACGCUUUUGACACUUUAGCUUUUCAUCUACUACAUAUAAAAAAAAAUGUAUGCAGCUAUGCGCCUUUUCUUUCCUAUAAGAUUUCACAGCGAUUAGUGAUAGUGAAUUACUCUUACACAAAUUGGGACGGGUCUGGUCGCCAAAAAGCAAGUUACACAAGCACCAAUGUAAAGGCUACUUCUAGCCGGAGUUUUGUUUUAUUGUUUUUUCAUAUAAUUACCUUUAAGAUAUGUCAUCCAAUGAAUUUAAGAUUUAAUUUUCAGUAUUCCCUAAACUCUAGAUUACGGCCUAUUUAUAAGAAAAAUGUGAA